GAAACCGUUCAAUUCACCCGCAAUUGAAGUAAUUGUUGCAAUAUCUCUGUCCAGAAGGUUAGGAGUCUGACGGCUUACGUAAGACAUGUGUUGAUCCUGCUGGAAGAUGCACCUGUAAACCCAUACAUAGCGACUGAACAUCAUGUAUAACGGUAUCGGGAUUCUUACUCCGAGAGGAUCCGGAACAAGUGGUUAUGUGCAGACAAACAAGUUCAAUCUGCGCGGGCCUCCACAGCAGAAAGCCCAAGAUCUGCGCAAUGCUCCUGACAGCAGUCAGGCGUACAAAAAGCCCGAUCAGGGUAUUCUUGAUCACAACAGGAGAAGAGAGAUUGAACUCAAAGUGGUGCAGAUGGCAGACGCAUUAGAGGAACAAGGGUACUCUGCUGAGGAGAUUGAGCAGGAAACGACACUUCUGCGCAAGCAGCUGGAGGCAGAAGGGCUUGAACAGCGCCAAGACAAGCCUGCCACUGAGACGCACGAGAUUGCUGAGAGGAAAAUGAAGGAACUGGAGAAACUGCGGGAUGCCUGGGGAAUUGACAAAGAUGCAGUGGAGGGUCAGGCUUUUGACCGGGAGCUGCAGGAGCAGAAGAAACAGGAUCGGAUUGCUGAGCGGGAGGCAAAGGAGAAGGAACGCAAAGCUAAGGCCAAGGAGGCAGAGAAAAAGCGUGCCAAGGAGGAGAAGAGGCGCGCCAAGGAGGCAAAGAAGAAGGAGAAGGCUGACAAGGAAGAAGCUGAGCGCAUGAGGAAGGAGGGUGAAGAGCGCGUUCGCGCCCUGGAAGAGGCCAGAGCGCAGCGGCGCAAGGAUGCCGCUGAAGCCAACGCCAGCCGCCCCGCCGGGGACUCGCCCCCGCCCAGGGAGGACGCACGGCAUAGCCGCAAGCGCCAUGCAGAGGACACUGCUCCCAGGGCCGGCAAGCGCCACGUUGCAGAGCAGGCAUCUCCACAUGUGGGGGCGGAGCGGUGGGUUCCGCGGCCGGCCACACCGGACGACGAUGAAGCCGCGGAUGCGGAUGCAGCGCGGCAGACGUCCGCAGACGGGCCGUCGACGGGGAUUCUGAGCCCGACGCCAUCCGUGGCGCGCUCGCGGCCGCCGUCGCCGUCCCCCGCCAAGCUGCGCGCGGAGGCGAAGGAGCCGCCGUCGCCGCGGCCGCCUUCGCCGCCGCGCAACGGACGGCCGCAGAAGUCCCCGCCGGCCCGCACGCGCAGCCGCAGGGACAGCCCCAGCCCGCCGCGUCGCAGGCAGCCCAGGAGCACAGUUGCUGCCAGCCCCCCGCGGCGGGACACUCGGGGCCGGGACCGCAGUCCCCGCCGCGACAGGGAUGAGCGGCGCUACGGUGGCGGUCGGGGCCGGGACGACAGGGAUGACAGGCGAGAUCGGGGUAGGGACAGGGAUGCAGGCAGGGACGGGGACAUGCGCCGUGGGGGCGCACGCUCUCUGUCCCCUGCCGCACGGAGGGAGCCAGCAAGAAGGGAGGCUGAGACAGGCGUUGCGUCUGGGCGCCGCGAUGGGCGCAAAGAGCCGCCAAGGGUUCGGAGGAGUGCGUCCUCUUCCAGGACUAGCAGCUCCUCGGGGAGUGGCAGCAGCAGUAGCAGCGGCAGCAGCACUGGCACAUCCUCCUCAAGUGGCAGCAGCGGCAGUGAUAGUGACUGA